UGGGAGAUAAAAAUCGGCUGAUUUUCUUUUUUAGCCGGAAAUCAUCGGUCGUUUCUUAGAUGCAGGGCCUCUUAACAUUGAAGUACUGUAUCACCGAAAACUGGUCAGCAAAUGUUCAAAAAAAUGGGUGGAGGAUGGGAGCAGAUCAAACAAGCCAAAGCGAGUGCAACAAUCAGCAUUUUGUGAUACUUUUAGUGAUGUUGUUUUCACAGUGGAUCCGUGCUGUAAAAGAUGGCCGGCUUUCUCUGGGUGAAUUUCAUCUUCCAGUAUCUUUGGAGAAGCCACCACCAAGUUACAGUGUGCUUUCACCAGAGGUGCAACUUCCUGGUAUGAAGUGGUUAGAGAGUCACAAGGGUGUUUUCCAUGUUGCUGUGAGGGCUGUAUCUUCCAUUUACACUCAGGAUAUACACAUUCACAAAUUUUUAAAGGUUUGCCACCAAAUAGAGGGACGUGUGAUGUCACCAACCCGCAGCUCUGAAGGAAAUCUAGAGUCUGUGUUACGUAAAAGCAUCCUUGACCUGUCCAAGACACAAGAGGAACCUCUUGUUAGGUUUCUGUAUCUAGUUCUGGACAAGCUUAUUUUGCUUCUUGUCAGGCCACCUGUUAUAUCAGGGACUGUAGGUAAUAUUGGGCAGGCUGCAUUUGAGUCCUUGACAAAGAUUGUACAUCGCCUUCAUCAACUGCUAGAAAACAGCCAGGAUGAGCAUGGUCGCAAUCAAUUGCUGGCAUCAUAUAUAACUUAUGUGUUUUCUGCUCCUUAUAACCACUCACCAGCAGGUUCCCCAGACCAUUUUUCAGGAGAAACAGGACGUUCUGCAAGUAUUCCAGUUGGUUUACAAAGUAAAGCUCGGCAGAAAAUAUCAAGCAGUAAUCCUCAACUAAAUGCAACCUUAACUGAUGAUCAGCAAGGUUCAUUUUCAUCUGGAAAGUGGGUUGAUGAUGAUGAAGAGCCAAGGAUGUCUGAUGCUAUGAACAUGCCUGGUAAUAGAAACAGCAUGGCAGAGACACGCCCUAGCUCCCUGAGUGUCCCUGGUCUAGUGUCUAGUGCCAGUGGCAGUAGAAAGUUGGUGCAUGAAGAGUUAGCAUUACAGUGGGCAGUUGCAAGUGGACCCUUGAAGGAAACAGCAAUGGCACAUGCUUGGUUCUUUUUUGAACUCAUGUUUAAAAGCAUGUCGCAACACCUUGAAAACACAGACAGGUUUUUUUGGACAAGGAAAAGUCGAUUUCCUGAACAAUUCUUGGGGGAUAUACGAGCCAUGUUUAAUUCUACAGUUUAUGAAAUCACUGCUACACUUGAGGAUUUUGUUCUCUGUCGGAGGCUAAACUCCAGUCUUGCCUUUUUCUUGUAUGAUCUUUUGUCGCUGAUUGACAGAGGCUUUGUUUUUGAGCUGAUCAGGCACUACUUUAAAGAGAUGCAUUAUCAAGCUACAUGUACCAUUGAUCCUGGAGUAUCACAACUCAGACUUGAGUUCCUGAGGAUUGUUUGUAGCCACGAGCACUAUGUAACCCUCAAUCUGCCAUUCCCUUGUCCUCUGUACCCUACACCACCCUCGUCACCUACACCCUCCCUGUCGUCAAUUGGUUCAACAAUGUCAACCUACACUAUUACUAUAGGCAACAGUAUGGCAGAACUUUCUACUGCUUUCAGACAGCAGCAUUUUCUGGCCGGCUUGGUCCUUUCUGAGCUGGCUUUGUCAUUGGAAGGAGGGGACAUGACACGUAUAUGCCAAGCUGUAGACACCACAAGGGACCUCAUUGCGUGCCACGACUCAGACACUCGCUAUGACGAGAUUUCCUGUCGCUCUGCUGUAGCUGCAUUAUAUCUUCCAAUAAUUGGGUUGGUUAUAGGAGCCCUACAACAGCUGCAUGGUUAUGGCAGUGAAGACAACUCCAGCUUCACUCCAGAUGUUGCCAUGGCCAUAGCAACAUCUAGUAUAACAACCUUAAUGGGGUCCGACGAAAGCAAGGGUGAACUUGCAUCACAGAAAAGCAAACCACAGCAGUUAAGUUUAGAAGCAACUAGAAACCUGCUGGUGUGUCUUCUGUGGGUGUUAAAGAACAUGGACAGUGAAGUAUUGAAGGAUUGGUGGGCGGAUCAGCCACCUGCCAGACUAGGCUUGCUGCUGGACGUUCUUCGCUUAUGUAUCACCCUGUUCGAUUAUGGUGGCAAGGUGCAAAAGUCAUCACAAUUUCCUGCAGCACCAGGACCAAAAGCCCAACAGGACGCAAAGGCCAAGCUUGAAGAGUUCUUACUUGGAAAUAAGGGUGCUGCAAGGGAAAUGAUGCAACGCCAUAGCAGAGUGAUGUUAGAAAAGGGUCAGUCACCGACCACAGAAUCACGAUUAAGGUGGCGUAAAGAUCAAACACAGUGGAGACAGGCCACCGAGCAACAAAACAGACUUCGUCCUGAAGUAGAGGUGAAUGCACAAGUUGAAGGGGCCCUUGCAGCGGAAGUUAAUUCCAUUGUUCUUGAUACACUAGAGCACUUAGUACAGACGGUGGCUACCUCGGAGUCCCUGCGGGUGGUUUUAAGUGGAAUACUUCGGGUGUUGCUUCAUUCCCUUAACUGCAAUCAGAGUGAAAGAGUUCUGCAAAACAUAUUUGCAACACAAAGAUCAAUUGUUUAUAAGUUCCCUGAACUGUUGUUUGAAGAUGACACAGAGCUUUGUGCUGACCUUUGUUCCAGACUUCUUAACCACUGCAGCUCGGCUCUCAGUAGUAUUCGAGCCCAGGCCAGUGCAUCUCUUUAUCUCCUCAUGAGACAGAACUUUGAGAUAGGAAACAAUUUCGCACGGGUCAAGAUGCAAGUUACAAUGUCACUUUCCAGCCUUGUUGGUACUUCACAAACUUUUAAUGAAGAUCAGCUUCGUCGGUCGCUGAAAACAAUUAUAACGUAUGCGGAAUCGGAUCAAGAGCUGAGGACAAGCACUUUCCCAGAUCAGGUCAGAGAACUGGUGUUCAAUCUGCAUAUGAUUCUAUCAGAUACGGUCAAGAUGAAGGAAUAUCAAGAGGAUCCAGAAAUGUUGAUUGAUCUUAUGUACAGAAUUGCCAAAGGUUAUCAAAACUCGCCUGAUUUACGACUGACAUGGCUGUACAACAUGGCCUCCAAACACGGCGAGGCGAAAGUUGAGGCUGCCAUGUGUCUGGUCCAUACAGCAGGCCUUGUAUCCGAAUACCUGAGUAUGCUGGAAGACAAGCCGUAUCUUCCCAUAGGAUGUGUCGCAUUUGAGAAGAUAUCACCAAAUGUUCUCGAGGAGAGUGCUAUUUCAGAUGACGUCGUCUCGCCUGAUGAAGAGGGUAUCUGCACUGGAAAGUACUUCUGUGAAAAUGGAUUGGUGUUGCUCCUCGAGAAAGCUGCCAGCACAUUUUUUCGUUCUCAUCUCUAUGAAUGCGUAAAUGAAGUGUAUAAAUUGCUUAUCCCUAUACUGGAGGCCAGACGUGACUACAAGAAAUUAACUCAUGUUCAUCAAAAACUUUCAGAAGCUUUCAGCAAAAUCAUACAAACGGAAGGAAAGCGUAUGUUAGGGACGUAUUUUAGGGUGGGCUUUUAUGGAUCUAAAUUUGGAGAUCUUGAUGGAGAGGAGUACAUUUACAAGGAACCCGCCAUAACAAAGCUGCCAGAAGUGUCGCAUCGUUUGCAGGCAUUUUAUGGCGAAAAGUUUGGACCAGAUGUUGUUGAAGUGAUUAAAGAUUCGAAUGCUGUUGAACAAGACAAGCUGGAUCCAGAGAAAGCGUACAUUCAACUCACAUUUGUGGACCCUUACUUUGAUGAGUAUGAGCUGAAAGACCGGAAAACAUACUUUGACAAGAAUUUCAACUUAAGGAGGUUUAUGUAUGAAACACCAUUUACACCGAGCGGCAAAGCACAUGGCGAGUUAGUCACUCAGUACAAGAGGAAGACAAUUUUGACGGCCGCUAAUUCGUUUCCUUAUGUCAAGACCCGUGUCAAUGUCGUGCAUCGAGAACAGAUUGUGUUAAGCCCUAUUGAAGUUGCCAUUGAAGAUAUGGAAUUGAGAACAAAAGAACUUCUGAGCGCCAUACAACAAGAGCCACCCAACCCGAAGAUGCUUCAAAUGGUUUUACAGGGUUCUAUUGGCACUACUGUUAAUCAGGGUCCAUUGGAGAUUGCUUUGGUGUUCUUGUGUCACGGCCAGGAAUCGGACGAAGAAGGAGAGAGUCAGAUGAUAACUAGACACCAUCACAGACUCAGACUCUGUUUCAAAGAAUUUAUCAAGAGAUGUGGAGACGCCUUACAAAGGAACAAACAUCUAAUCACAGCUGACCAACGUGCUUAUCAGAAAGAACUGGAAAGGAAUUAUACCAAACUCACUGAGCAGCUCGAACCUCUCCUCAAAAACAAGUUUGGCACUUUACGAGGAUCCACCAGACAAAAGGAAGGAUCGGCUUUGUUGAGGAAAAUUUCUAUGAGUUUCAAUACAGGACACAGCGUAGCUUAAUAAAACGCAUAUACUUAGAGUCUAUUCAUUUGCCAGGCAGUUUUAAAUUUCUGAAUGCAAGAAAUUCAUGAGGUGCCUAGUCACAGAGGACCAGGUUGCAGCGACAAAAUCACUUGCCAUUGACACAAGUAGACGGUGUAA